GUACAGACAGGAGCUGCACCGUUUACGUGUGUUGUGUCCGCGGUUGAUAUACUUCCGGGUCGGUGCAAUGGCUGCUGCGCGGAAUGAAGGUGGUAGUGGCGGAGGGAAGAUGAGCGGUGAUGCGGAGUCUCUUUUGCGCUGGUGCCAGCAGGAGCUAGUUCGGAAGUUCAGCCUGGAAGUGAAUGAGGAGUUGAUUCAGUAUGUCCUGUCAAUUGAGAGUGCAGAGGAGAUUGAAGAUUAUGUUGCUGACUUGAUUCAAGGGACCGAAGGGAAGAAACGUAUUUUCAUCGAUGAGCUUCUGAAAAGAUGGAAGAAAUCACAAGAGUUGCUUGCUGCUGGACAAGUGCAGUUUUACAGAAAAAAAGAUGAGAUUCCAGAUUCAUCGAAAGCAGGUGACCAGCUCAAGAAAUCCAAGCGGAAAGGUCGGAACAAGCAAGAGCCAGUGCUUGUGUCCGAGAUCCAGCAGCCAGCAGAAGAGGUUAAAACACCCAUGGAUCUGGUGAAGGCCCAGGAGGCUAAUUCUACAUCCAAGAAAAAGACUAAGUACCUGUCUCUGUACACAAAGGAGGGUGAGGAUCGACUUGCCGUCACUCUCCCUGGUCGUCAUCCCUGUGAAUGCUUAGGACAAACUCACCAACUCAUCAACAACUGCUUGAGUUGUGGCCGCAUUAUCUGCAUGCAGGAGGGAUCAGGUCCCUGCUUGUUCUGUGGAACUUUGGUCUGUACCAAAGAAGAGCAAGAGAUCCUUGUCCGUGAUUCAAACAAGAGUCAGAAAUUACGCAAGAAACUGAUGGGGACUACAGGGAAUCCUGACAUCUUUGAGCGGGAUCUGCUGCCUCAUCAGGAAAUGGUUUUGAAAGCUGGACUGGAAAAAGCUAUUAAACACAAAGACAAACUAUUGGAAUAUGACAAGACCAGUGCUCGCCGGACGCAGGUAAUUGACGAUGAGUCUGAUUACUUUGCCGCAGAUACCAACCAGUGGCUCUCCAAACAGGAAAGGGAGGCAUUACGCAAGAGAGAAGAAGAAUUAAGGGAGCUCCGACACGCAUCCCGUCGAACAAAACAGAUCACAAUAGACUUCGCUGGAAGGAGGAUCUUUGAAGAUCAGGGUUCUUUGGAUCAAUAUUAUAGCAGACUGGAUGAUCUAGUGCAAGAAAUGAAGUCUGAAUCUCAGGAUAACAAUUCCAGUGAACAGAUCAAAAGAAGCAAACAACACUUGGGUGAAUUGGUCAAUCCCAAUAUCGCUGAAUGUGUCCCCGUUUAUGUGGAACUGACAGGACCAGGUGCUCAUAGGAGAGGGGGCGAUAAUCACUUGCAGAACAGAGUCAGUGACAUUGCCUCUGAACGGAACCGUUUGCGGAUUCAGGACCGGGAGCUGUUGGAGAUGUCUGAUGAUGGGAUGUGUCUCAGUAUGCAUCAGCCUUGGGCUUCCCUACUUGUAAGAGGCAUUAAAAGAGCAGAGGGCAGGUCCUGGUAUACAUCGCAUCGAGGCCGCCUAUGGAUUGCUGCUGCUGCCAAAAGACCCUCACCACAGGAAAUAAUGGAGAUUGAAGGGACCUAUAGGGCAAUGCAUGACAAAGACAUUGAAUUCCCCAAAGACUACCCAACUGGCUGCCUGCUGGGCUGUGUGGAUGUGAUAGACUGUGUGUCUCAGGAGCAGUACUGUGAACAGUUUACAGAUCAAGAAUGUGGCUCUCCAUUUGUGUUCAUUUGCACCAAUCCUCGGGAACUGCUUGUGAAAUUUCCAAUUAAAGGACGUCACAAGAUAUGGAAAUUGGACUCCAAGAUUCAUCAAGCAAUGAAGAAAGGGUUAAUGCGGCAAAAGCAAAUUGCCUAGAGAAAAGGAAGCACACAAGGGGUCUGUCUUGUUCUUGAGUGCUUGGAGACUAAAAGCCCCACAACUGGGAAUUGAUCUGACCUGUCAUAAAAUUGACACUCGCUCACCCAAGAAAAUGUGAAUGUACUUUCCAAAAAGUCUUCAAUGUAUUUUCAGCAACUUGGUGAUCCAACAUCAGGCAACCCAGAAAUCCAAACACUUCUAUCUUUAAUAAUCCAAUCAACAUGCAAUUCAAAAAGCUCUGGUAAUUUCAAAGAAAGUGUUGCACAAAAAGCUAAAGCGAUAUCUUCCAAUAAUACUGCUAGACAAUACUUUAUGGGGAUUUGAAUAUGUAAGAUUUCUGUAAAUUGAAACAAAAACUCCUAUUCAGCUUGAAUUGUUUCAUUGAUUAAAGGAGUCGAUACAAUGUCUGGAAUCUGUUUCUCAAUAGCCCUGCUUUCCAGUAACACAUGAACUUGCAGUGUUCAUUUCUCUUUAUUUCCAAUCCCUCAUGAAUGGGGGUCGAUGGGUUCUAAGGAGAAUUAUAUGUUGGGCAAUAGGAUAGCUUAAUGGCAGUCACGAUGUCUGGGAUUCAUCAUCAUUGUAUUUUUGUUUAAAAGAUGCUUUCACGGGAUAUAGCAGCAACUGGAAAAACUGGCAUUUUGUUAUCCAUCCCUCCUCUUGGAAGAUCAUGGGGGGGGCUGCCUUCUUGAGCUGCUGAUGGUGUGGUGCACUUGGCCAUUUCAUGUUAUAGAGUUAGUUGUUAUGACACAGAGGGAGGCCAUUUGGUUUCUCCAGCCUGGGGCAGCUGCUUGUAGAGCAAUCCAGUCAAUCCUAUUUCCCUGCUCUGUCCCUGUAAGUUUCUAGAUUUGUUUUCCUCAAACACCUGUCCAAUUUCUUUUUGAAAAUUUUUGUCUCUGCUUCAUCGGCAGCAAGUUCCACGUCAUCAUCACUCAGUACAUAAAAAUGUUCCUCAUUUUCCCCUCUAUAGAACCAUAAAUUUAUGCUGCCGUGUUGUCAUGUGAUCAGCUCAUGGGAGAAGCUUUUGUCUGCCUUCAUACUUUAUUUCUCUUCCAUCUCCCUUUGUUCCAGGGGGACAGCCCCAACUUCAUAAAAUGUACUGAGAGCAAUUCUACACGCUAAAUUGCCAAAAUAUCCUGAAAAUUUGAAUGAAGCAAAAUAAUGGUGUGAUAACUAUCAUUCUUUUUAUGGGAACAAAGGAAUUUCCAAAUUAAGCCAGUUGACGUUCACCUAGUUCUCCAUCAACCAUCCUGGUUGUCUCAUGAUGCAGUGAAAACAGAGUUAACUGAAUAAGUGUAGCAAUCAGUCUGUAUCAAUUAAUCCAUAACAGGACCAGAUAUGGAAUAAGACCUUGUAGAACCAUGGGUCCAAAGUUUUUCAUCCUUCCAAAGUCACAUUAACACGUAGCUCAUGUUGUAUCUCAAAUUACUCACGGAUUCCAAAAUAUUUCCUUUCUGGAAUAAAAAUUGUUUAAUUUGC